GAGAGAGAGAGAGAGACCGGUAGUUAGGCUCGCGCCAACUAACGAACUCCAAGGGUGGUUUUCAAACCGCUAGAUUCGCGGCCUCCUCUCCCUCUGACUUCUUGUUGCGGGUUCCUCAACCAGCAAAACCUCAUGGAAAUCCUAGUUUAUUUUUCACGCACUGAGGUAUAUCUUGAAGAUGAUGGACCCUGAGGAUGCGGCUGGACCUUCAGAAUCACCUGCUUCUGCUUCUGCUGCUGCUGCUGCAAAAAAGAAGAAUUCCAAGAAACCCAAAUAUUCAAAGUUCACUCAACAAGAGCUUCCUGCUUGCAAACCAAUUCUAUCCCACAGAUGGGUCAUUACGGCAUUCAUCUCUGUCGGAGUCAUCUUCAUUCCAAUCGGCCUUGCUUCCUUGUUUGCAUCAGAGCAGGUGGUGGAAAUUGUAGACCGUUAUGAUAAAGCUUGCGUUCCUUCAACUUAUAGCAAUGAUGCACUUGCAUAUAUCCAGAGCGCCAAAACUAACAAGACCUGUAUCAGAAGUUUAACGGUUCCUAAGAAAAUGAAAAGUCCCAUUUAUAUAUAUUAUCAGCUCGAUAACUUCUACCAGAAUCAUCGCCGGUAUGUCCAAAGUCGAAGCGACGAUCAGUUGAGGAGCAAGGCAUACGAGUAUGACACAGAAGACUGUGACCCAGAAUCAACAACAGCCGGAGGACCCAUAGUUCCUUGUGGCCUUAUUGCUUGGAGUUUGUUCAACGAUACAUAUCAACUUUCAUAUCAGAAGGAAGAUCUCGAGAUCAGUAAAAAGGACAUAGCUUGGAAAAGCGAUCAACAGCAUAAAUUCGGGUCCGAUGUCUAUCCCAAAAAUUUCCAGAGUAGUGGCUUGAUUGGGGGUGCAAAACUCAACAAAAGCAUACCUUUAAGUGAGCAAGUGGAUCUCAUUGUAUGGAUGCGAACUGCGGCAUUACCAACUUUUAGAAAGCUCUAUGGAAAGAUAGAGGUGGAUCUUGAAGCUAACCAGAGCAUAGCAGUGGUAAUAAAGAACAACUACAACACAUAUAGCUUUGGCGGCAAAAAGACGCUGGUGCUUUCAACCACAAGUUGGAUUGGUGGAAAAAAUGAUUUCCUGGGCAUAGCAUACAUUGCAGUUGGUGGGCUUUCCUUAUUUAUGGCAAUAACCUUUGCGCUGGUGUACGUAAUUAUGCCAAGCAGGCCGUUUGGGGAUCCAUCCUUCUUGACGUCAAACAUAAUAACUCCUGCUGGGCAGUCAAACUAGUUCUUCUUCAGCAUAUGUCCCCAUUCAUGACAUUUAUACAUGCACUGCUCUUCCGCCCCAAGGUUCUCUCCAAUAUUUAUUCUCUUUGCAAAGAAUUUUUACCUAUUUUGGCUGCUUACUCCUUUAUGUUCGAAGACGUAACAUAUUGAGUGCAAUUACUGAAUGGUUUCUUUUGUUUCUAAUUCACUUUGACAGGUUGCAAUGGUGUUGGAUUAUUUUGUCUACAUCCCCUUAUAGUUCCAAAUUUCCAGUGGUACUAAUGUCAUCUCUCAUCUCUUAAGAAGAUGACUUAUUCGCAUUCCUGCUUUAUUUUUUAUAACUUGGAUUUUCCUUACCGCAUACCCCUUGUGCAUUCUUGGUUGCACAAGGACACUGCCAGCGAUUUUUGUUCGCAAUCAAAUGAUUGCUUAAGGGCUUCAAAACUACUCUGGUCAUUGUGUUGCACUACUGCAGUGUUUUAAGGUGGUUCUUGAGGCUGUUUUUCUGUUGUUCUCAAGGUCAUUGUGUUGUUCUGCAGUGUUUCAAGGUAGCAGUGUUAACUGUC